CCCUCCAUCCUUCCUGGUGGGAGGUAUGAGAUGCGCUGCGCAGACCCGUCCUCUACCGACGCAUCUUCCUGGCCUGCCCCCUCCCUCCCUCUCGCUCUCCCUCCCUCCCUCUUUCUGUCCCUCUCUCUCUCUCUCUCUCAUUCUCUCUUUCCUCCUUUUCUGUCUGCCACUAGCUUACCUGAAGGGAAGUGCACAAAGCCUAUAAGAAAAAUCUGGCGUGUCAGCUGGGCCCUGUGCGCGCUAUGCUGCGGUAAAAGGCCCGCUGUUUGCGGUGUUUACAGGGGAUGUAGAGAGGGACAGAGACACCGCUCUCCCCGACGGACCGCGCCGUGUCUGCUCUCCUCUGCCCAGCCCGCUGCAUCGCUGAGCGGCCUGCGAAGCACACAAGAUGUCGACUAGAACGCCAUUGCCCACGGUGAACGAGCGUGACACCGAGAAUCACUCAUCGGUGGAUGGCUUUGCUGAACCCCCAGUUCCCCCAACAAAGUCUGCGAGUCGCCACAGCCUGCCGCGAUGCCGCAACUCCUUUACCUCCACAGAGGACCAGCCCCAUAUUGGUAAUUAUCGCCUCCUCAAGACCAUUGGGAAGGGGAAUUUCGCCAAGGUGAAGCUGGCACGACAUGUCCUGACUGGACGAGAGGUGGCAGUGAAGAUUAUAGAUAAAACCCAGCUGAAUCCCACCAGUCUACAGAAGCUCUUCAGGGAAGUCCGAAUAAUGAAGCUACUGAAUCAUCCAAAUAUAGUGAAAUUGUUUGAGGUGAUAGAGACGGAGAAGACACUUUAUUUGGUGAUGGAGUAUGCCAGUGGUGGUGAAGUGUUUGACUAUCUAGUGGCUCAUGGCAGAAUGAAGGAGAAGGAGGCCAGAGCCAAGUUCAGGCAGAUUGUGUCUGCAGUGCAGUAUUGUCAUCAGAGGAGGAUAGUACACAGGGAUCUUAAGGCGGAGAACCUGUUGUUAGACGCGGAUAUGAACAUCAAGAUAGCUGACUUUGGCUUCAGUAAUGAGUUCACUGUGGGAAGUAAGCUGGACACGUUCUGCGGCUCCCCGCCGUACGCUGCCCCAGAACUCUUCCAGGGAAAGAAGUACGAUGGACCAGAAGUGGACGUCUGGAGCCUUGGGGUCAUCCUCUACACACUGGUCAGCGGAUCACUGCCCUUUGACGGACAGAACCUGAAGGAGCUGAGGGAGAGAGUCCUGCGGGGAAAGUACCGGAUUCCUUUCUACAUGUCCACAGACUGUGAAAACCUGCUGAAGAAACUACUCGUGCUCAACCCUGUCAAACGAGGCAGUUUGGAGCAAAUCAUGAAAGACCAUUGGAUGAAUGUGGGUCACGAGGAGGAGGAGCUAAAACCUUACAUCGAGCCUGAGGCGGACUUCAGUGAUUCAUCCAGAAUAGAGCUCAUGGUAACUAUGGGCUACCCUAAAGAUGAGAUCACAGACUCUCUGCAUCACCAGAAGUAUGAUGAUGUCAUGGCCACCUACCUGCUGUUGGGCAGAAAAGCUCCAGAGUUUGAAGGGAGUGAGCCCCUGACUAAUAGCAUCCUGGGCCAGCGACAGCGACCGACCAGUGACAUCAACAACAGCUCCAGCAUUUCUCCCGCCCAUCCCAAGGUCACACGCAGCAUCUCGGCCAAUCAGAAGCAGCGCCGCUACAGUGAUCAUGGUGGGGAUGAUGAUGGUGGUGGUGGUGGUGUCGUAGAGAAGCCAAUGGGUCCAUCUGUGCCACCGGCGGUGUCGUAUACAAAGCGUGGCCAGGCCCUGAGUGUAGAAAGUGACCACAGGGAGGAGUGGGACGGAGCGCGUCGGCUGGAGCUCAGCACUUCGAAAGGAGACGUUCCGGCUUCACCACUGGGGGUGCAGGAGAGAAAGAAAACUGCUGUGGGGCAGACCAAUGGAUCAAUGACUCGCAGGAACACAUAUGUGUGUGAACGAUCCUCUACUGACCGCUAUUCAGCUAUUCCUAAUGGCAAAGAUAGCAGUUUAACCGAGGUGUCAGGAAGCACCCCAUCGACUGCUAUGAGCUCCACACGACCUCGUCACACCAAGUCUAUGUCAUCGUCAGGGCAUCCUUCAAAAAGCACACUGCCCCCCAUUGACGACAACACAGAGCUUAAAGCCAGCUCCUCUCCUCGGGGUCCCUCCACCUCUCCGUCUGCACACAGUAUUAGCACCCCGGAGAAGAACCGUUUUCCUCGCGGUACCACCAGUCGCAGCACCUUCCAUGGAGCUCAGCUGAGAGACCGCCGCAGUGCGACUUACAACGGUCCCCCGGCUUCACCCACACUGUCCCAUGACACGGGGGCUCUCGCUCAGCAACGCAGGGGCACCUCCACUGGGAUCAUCAGCAAGAUCACCUCAAAGUUUGUCCGCAGGGUGCCUAGUGAGGGGGAGGCCAGUGCCAGGACAGAAACACCAAGAAGUGCAUCAGGUGAUACAAAGGAUGAAGGUGGUCGGGACUCCAAGCCUCGCUCGCUGCGUUUCACCUGGAGCAUGAAGACCACCUCGUCAAUGGAGCCCGCCGAGAUGAUGAAGGAGAUCCGAAAGGUUCUGGAUGCCAACAGCUGCGACUAUGAACAGCGUGAACGCUUCCUGCUUUUCUGUGUCCAUGGCGACGCUCGGCAGGACAACCUGGUCCAAUGGGAGAUGGAGGUGUGCAAGCUGCCCCGCCUUUCACUCAACGGCGUGCGCUUCAAGAGGAUAUCGGGCACGUCCAUCGCCUUUAAGAAUAUCGCCUGCAAAAUUGCCAAUGAGCUCAAACUGUGACAGCAGAUGGAGUCCCAGUCAGUUUUUGGUGAGCUCUGGUUAUGGUCUCAUCUCAUCACUGGAUUAGUGUUGACUUACAGGACAAAAUUCAGCACUGAAGUUCCUCACCGCGCAGAAUCAGGGUGGACUCGGCUGGUAAUGUGCAAUACUGGCCAUGAAUGUACUGUACAGGGUAGUGGAUCAGAGAGAUAUCGCAAGGUUUAACCUCUGUGAUGGAGAGAUAGCAAAAACAACCCCGCCCCCCCCCCUUUAUUUUGUUUCUUCCGUCCAGCCCUCUCUCUCUCUCUCUCUCUCUCUCUCUCUCUCUCUCUCUCUCUCUCGUCGUUCUCUCUCUCAUCAACCCGCUGCUCCUCGUCAUAGAACACAUUCAUGUAACACAUGCAGUAUGCAACUGAAGAUGAUCAUCCUGCAAUAAUGUUUUCAAUCUCUUUUUCUAAAACGCCUACUACAAGAUCUACUUUCCUCGCUGAAUAACCAUUAAAAUUACUGAAAGCUAAAAUAGCCGCUUUUCCACCUGUGUUAAGUCAGUAUAUAGAUCAGGCUGGAGCCCAUACUAAAACUAUGUAAAAAGAGAAUUGUACUGUAUGCAUAACAUCUGCAGGUACUGUAUUGUACAUUGAUUUUAUGUUCUGUACAGAAUUUUAUUGUCAAUACUGUCUUUUUUUCAUGGGAUUUGAGUUCUUUCCUAAUAUAAUUGAUGUCUCUUAAAGCAUUAUCCUUUCAGUCUGUGAGUUGUUUUUUUUAAAAUUGUUUUUUAAGAGCCACCAUAUGAAAAUAGUGUUUUUAAUUUUAUUUAAAGAGCACUAAAUUAUUUUGUUGAAUAUUAAGGGAUGUGCUCCCUUGCCUUUUAUGUUAUAUUUUAUUUGCCUACAGAAAAAAACACUAAGUUGCACCACAUAGACUUGAGUAGUAACUUCAGUUAAAACUGAAAAUGUGUUCACUUUAUUUUUCUCUCAGCAGUAGGGAGGUGAUUAGGAGAUCCUGCUGCAAUUGCACAAGUUUUCCAGGGUGACGUGUAUGAACAUGAGAGUAUGCACCUGUGUUUCUUUCGUGUUAGUUUGGUAGUCCUCAAUUACAAAAAAGCAGGGUUUAAAUUGGUUUACUUUAGAAAGCAGAGGACAGGAUGUUUUUAUCCAAAGGAUUGAAGAUGCAUGAAAAGUCAAACAAUCAACAUGAAAGAAGCAGUUUGUCUGGUGGAGCCUUUCUAAAGACCCUGAUUUAGUCCUGCCACCAGUGUGAUUAUGCAGGUACUUGUGUAUCUCCUUGCUUGUGUUUUUCUUUUCUUUUUCUUUUUUUUUUUUUAAUUCGACGGAUUUUAUUGUAUUUAUUCCAUUACAUUGUAAUGUGCUGCUUUGUAGAAUUGAGGCGUGCACUUUGUUGGAGAAAAUAAAAAGGAUUUUAUUUGUUUGUA